AUGGCCAAUCGUCAGAGGGAGUCUGCUUUUCAUAUUUAUGAGUCGCCUCAGGAAUGUGCACGAGACGUGUCACCCUCCCGGAUGGAGUCGUCUCGGGAAUGCAAACGAGAUCCGUCGCCCUCGCUGGGGGAAGAGGGACACAGAUGGGGAAGGGGGUACCGUCUUGACACUGGGAGUGUUCAUGACUCAACGUCUGAGACAGACAGUAUCAGCAGUUAUUCCAGUCUGAACUCUGCCGGGGCACUUGACCGAUCAAUGGGAUACGAUUUGAGCUGGCCACGUUUUUCGCCUGGAAUAUCACAUGAAGUGAUCGGAGAGCGUAGCACGUCUGACCCACAGCAGAUACCUGCUGUGGAGCGACAGACACAUCAAGAGGCACCGAAGAAUGAUUUUUGGUGUGUCGUGUGCGGGGAGUUCCAAAUAAAUGAGUACAUCCUGAGGAAGCAUAUGAAAAAGCGUCAUCUGAAAAAGAAGGAGAGAAAAGGCACUCGCAGUAAGCAGUCUUUGAGACAAAGGAUGACGUCAUUUUUCGGCAGGCUCUUCGUGCACGGACAGAAGAAUGACAAGAAAGAGGAUGAUAAUGAAAGAAAGGAAACCGACAUCUCUGAUGUAGAGGCGGAGAUGUCCGAACAAGCAGAUCAACAUGCUUUCAUAGAACAGGUAAUGAAAACUUCUGUAGAUGAGGCUUUGGUGCAGUGUUCCCAAUACCCUUCCCCUGAUGGGAAGCUAAGGGCCCAGAGGCAGAAAGUUCAGCCAUCGAAAGAAGAGGUGCGUGGGCAGGCUGCCGCGCUACCUGUCAAGCGGCCCGGCACGCCGGUGGUGGCACAGCGGAGGGCUCCUGCCCAGCUGGAGGACGCGCGCCGCGAGCUGGACGAACUGGUGAGUAGUACAGCUCCAUAG